CUGAAAGUUCAUCCUUUUGUAGGUGAGGAUCAUCUGAGUCAAAGAGAGAUAUAUCUGCACAUCUUGCAUCUUUUGAUGUAGAUAUAAAAAUGUGGAGCCUGUGUCUCCUGUGCUUAGCUGGGUGUUUAGGAUUAGUCCAUGCGGGCCCUAUCAGGAAAACGAGCAGCACACCCGACAAGGCUGCACCUCAGGAGGAAGUUAACGUGCUCAUGUUUGGAGUCAUACAGUUAAGCGAAUCGCUUAACUACGUUUUUGAAACCACAGAGGCAAAGAUGGAAAGAAUCAGCAGGACUCUGAAGAAUCAUGAGAAAACUCUCCAACAGCUGGGGAGGCAGACUGAAGAGGCUGCAGAAAUGGAGCAACAGAUAAAGGAAGUCGUGCAGCUGUUACAGGAACAGACAGAAAAGCAACAGGUUCAGACGCAGGUCACAAAAGAUUGGCUGAAUAGCCUGGAGAAAGACGAAGACGAACUGAAGGCGAAGGUUCGACAGCUGGAGAUGUACAUAAACUACGCUGCACCUACCGGCCUUAAGGAGCUGCAGGAUAGAGCAGAAAAGCACUUCCAACUUUUGAGAGGUUUGCAGACCUGGAACUGGGCCCAAAAACAAGAUAUUAAGACUCAGGAUGAGCAGCUUUCCAAACUGCAGAAGAUGAGUGAAGCUUUAUUAUAGCUGAUUGAAGAUCCAUCAUUUUCCUGAAUAAGCCAAGUUCAUCUAGUUCUCCUCUUCAUCAUUGCACUCCAUUCAUCCCAUCUAUCUAUGUUCACGUUCCUUUCUAAGCUUAUGUUAACGACUUUUCUAAUAGAAAAUAUGUUAAAUUAUACAAUUUUGUUAUUUGUAAAUAAAUG